CAAAUAAUUUGAGCUAUGUCUGCUCCAAAGACUCACGAGGAGAUAGAGGCGAGAGUUAAAGCCUUGCAAGCCAAGGGAUCAGAAGAGAAAGAUAAAGAUGCCGGCACUAGCAAGGCUUCAUUCGGAGGAAAGGGUCAAUACGAUUCUGACAUCUACGGUACCCCAGGAAUGGGUGAGGGAGGUUACAACACGUCACUAGAGAAGACACCAGCCGCUCACCAUGUGGACGAGGACGACUACGGUAAAACACCGGAACACAUGGGAAAGUAUAGUUCCAUAGCCAAGUACAAGGACGACGCUGCUAAGGCUGGAGAUGGAGCUACAGACGACCCCUUUGCAGAGACCCGACGUAAACGAAUAGUAGACCGACAGAAUGAGUACCAACAGAGGUUUAGGAACAUGUUGAUAUCUCCCGCACGUGCUGAUGUGUUCGCGGACGGAGGCAAGACUCCGGACCCUUCACAGAGAACUUACUCUGAUGUCAUGAGGGAGAAACGGCUAGCUAAGGAGGGGAACGCUAUAAGAUCCCAAGUAUCUGAGAAGAGAAAGGAAGGUACGUUAACUGUACAACCCGAUCAACCAGCCCCUGCCAAGAAGAAGCGAAGGUGGGACGUGAGCACUCCUUCAGAACUAGAGAACCAGAAAGCUAAAACCCCAACAACUGCUAGUGCUCCAGCCCCAGGCCUGACCCCAUCAUCCACCUGGGACCCUGAGACACCUAGCAGUGCAAGCAAAUGGGAAGAAACCCCCGGCCGACAGAAGGGCUGGGAAGAAACCCCGGGCAGGCCGAAAGGAAGUGAAACUCCUGGAGUUACUCCUUCUGCUAGAGCUUGGGAGGCGACACCCAGUUACGCUACAGCCAUGACACCCGGACACGCUACUCCCGGAGCUAUGACACCAGGAUCAACAGCUAGGAGACACAGAUGGGACGAAACACCCCGAGCAGACAUCUCAGAGACCCCCGGUCACGCUAGUGGUUGGUUGGAGACACCCCGCACUGACCGUGGAGGUGAUGGUGGUAUGACCCCUGGAGCGCAGGGACAGACCCCUUCUGGAGCAACCCCCGCUGGGGGCACCAGUAAGAGGAAGAGUCGGUGGGAUGAGACUCCUUCUGCUCAGACUCCUGCUGGGGGCGCCACCCCUUCAGUAACCACCCCCGUAGGAUUGGGGGUGGGGGUUACCCCCGCUGGUAUGAUGGCUAUGGGCAUGGCAACUCCAACACCGGGACAUCUUGCUGCUAUGACGCCCGAGCAGAUGCAGGCUUACAGAUGGGAACGUGAAAUAGAUGAAAGAAACAGACCUCUAACAGACGACGAACUGGACGGACUGUUCCCUUCAGAGGGUUACAAGAUCCAGGAGCCCCCAGCUAACUACGCCCCUGUCCGCACCCCUAUCCGCAGGCUCACUCAGACUCCAACUCCUAUGGUGCAGACUGGGUUCAGGAUCCAGAUUGAAGACAAGUCAGUGAAGUCGUUCAACGACCAGCCUCAGGGAGGGAACCUGCCUUUUCUCAAACAGGAGGAUAUCCAGUACUUUGACAAGCUCCUCACAGAGGUGGACGAGUCUACUCUCACACCAGAGGAACUCAAGGAAAGGAAGAUUAUGAAACUGCUCCUUAAAAUCAAGAACGGAACCCCGCCCAUGCGUAAAGCAGCCAUGAGACAAAUAACGGACAAAGCAAGGGAGUUCGGAGCAGCAGCUCUGUUUAACCAGAUUCUACCUCUUCUGAUGUCUCCUACUCUUGAGGAUCAGGAGCGACAUUUGCUGGUAAAAGUAAUCGACAGGAUCCUUUACAAACUGGACGAUCUGGUCCGACCCUUCGUUCAUAAGAUCCUGGUUGUUAUUGAGCCUCUACUGAUUGAUGAGGAUUACUAUGCGAGAGUUGAGGGCAGGGAGAUUAUCUCCAAUCUUGCUAAAGCUGCUGGUCUCGCUACCAUGAUCUCAACAAUGAGGCCCGAUAUCGACAACAUGGACGAGUACGUGCGUAACACGACAGCACGUGCGUUUGCUGUGGUCGCGAGCGCGCUCGGUAUUCCCUCUCUCCUUCCCUUCCUUAAGGCUGUGUGUAGGAGUAAGAAGUCAUGGCAAGCGCGGCAUACUGGUAUCAAGAUCGUUCAGCAGGUUGCUAUCUUGAUGGGUUGUGCCAUCCUGCCCCAUCUCCGGAACCUGGUGGAGAUUAUAGAACACGGUCUGGUAGACGAGCAGCAGAAAGUGAGAACCAUUACAGCUCUAGCUAUAGCUGCCCUGGCUGAGGCGGCUACUCCCUACGGUAUUGAGAGCUUUGAUUCUGUGCUUAAACCUCUCUGGAAGGGUAUUAGGAUGCACCGAGGUAAGGGUCUAGCUGCCUUCCUCAAGGCUAUUGGUUAUCUUAUCCCGCUUAUGGACGCAGAAUACGCCAGAUACUACACUCAGGAGGUGAUGUUGAUUCUGAUUCGAGAGUUCCAGUCCCCUGACGAGGAGAUGAAGAAGAUCGUGUUGAAGGUAGUAAAGCAGUGUUGUGGUACUGAUGGUGUAGAGAGUCAGUACAUCAGGGAGGAAAUACUUCCAGAGUUCUUCAGGAAUUUCUGGAAUCAGAGAAUGGCACUUGAUCGUAGGAAUUACAGACAGUUAGUUGACACAACUGUAGAACUCGCUAACAAGGUAGGAGCAGCUGAGAUAAUAGUACGCGUGGUAGAUGAUCUGAAGGAUGAGAACGAGCAGUACCGUAAGAUGGUGAUGGAGACGAUAGAACAGAUCCUGACCAACAUGGGAGCUACUGAUAUUGAUAAUAGGUUGGAGGAACAGCUUAUAGAUGGUAUCCUCUACGCUUUCCAGGAACAAACCACCGAGGAUGUGAUAAUGCUGAACGGAUUCGGUACCGUAGUUUCCUCUCUUGGUAUCCGAACAAAACCUUAUCUACCCCAGAUCUGUGGUACAAUUCUGUUCAGGCUGAACAACAAAACUGCUAAAGUACGUCAACAAGCAGCAGAUCUGAUAUCUCGUAUUGCCCCGGUGAUGAUGGUGUGCGGAGAGGAGAAGCUACUCGGACAUCUGGGUGUGGUACUGUACGAGUACCUAGGGGAGGAGUAUCCGGAGGUACUGGGCUCCAUUCUCGGGGGACUUAAAGCUGUGGUUAAUGUCAUUGGAAUGCACAAGAUGACACCUCCUAUCAAAGAUUUGUUGCCCAGGUUGACUCCUAUCCUAAAGAACAGACACGAGAAAGUACAGGAGAAUUGUAUAGACUUGGUAGGAAGGAUCGCUGACAGAGGCUCUGAAUAUGUGUCAGCCAGAGAGUGGAUGAGAAUAUGUUUUGAGUUACUGGAACUGCUCAAAGCCCACAAGAAGGCCAUCAGAAGAGCCACGGUCAAUACUUUUGGUUACAUUGCUAAAGCUAUAGGACCUCACGACGUGUUGGCAGUACUCCUCAACAACCUCAAAGUGCAAGAGAGACAGAACAGGGUGUGUACAACGGUUGCCAUAGCGAUUGUCGCGGAGACCUGUUCUCCCUUCACUGUCCUACCCGCACUGAUGAACGAGUACAGAGUCCCGGAGUUAAACGUGCAGAACGGAGUCCUCAAGAGUCUCAGUUUCCUCUUCGAGUAUAUUGGUGAGAUGGGUAAGGAUUACGUGUACGCUGUGACCCCACUUUUAGAAGACGCCCUCAUGGACAGAGAUCUCGUCCACAGACAAACAGCUUGUGCCGCUAUCAAGCACAUGUCUCUAGGAGUGGUUGGGUUGGGGUGCGAGGACGCUCUGAUUCACCUUCUUAACUACGUUUGGCCCAACAUAUUCGAGACGUCCCCUCACGUUAUAAACGCAGUUAUUGAAGCUAUUGAAGGGUUGCGAUGUGCUCUGGGUCCUGUCAAAGUUCUGCAGUACACUCUUCAGGGACUCUUCCAUCCUGCUAGAAAGGUACGAGAUGUUUACUGGAAAGUUUAUAACGGACUUUACAUCUCCGCUCAAGACGCCCUCGUCCCAGCCUUCCCUCGCAUUCCUGACGACGAGAAGAACUCUUAUAUCCGGCACGAACUGGAGUACUUUUUGUAGAGGAAUGUUAUCAGUUAUGUAGAGGAUAUGACAGACAAUCGCAUAAAUAAUCUUAUCGCAUUCUUUAUCUUAUGCCAUACAAGUUAUCACUGUGCAGUGUGCGCGCUACCACCUUUUAAUUUUAUAUGUCCCAUUUUCGUUCGUUUCACUAGAGACGGCCGAAUGGUUUGUAAACAUUUUUAAAACAGCUGUGCUGAUUUUAAAUCUUGAUUAGUGACAGACUUGAGCAAUAUUUCAGAUCAUAAAUAACGGUGCCUCUCUUUUAUCUAUUCUAAUGUUGAACAUUUUUGUCGAUAAGAAGCAGUAUUUAUUAACUUCUAACUGGAACUGAAAGUUGACCCUUUUCCCAUAAAUGUACCAAAAUGUACAAUGAAAUUCUGUCAUGUGAUAUUUUGUAUCAUUAUGCAGAAUUUGUUUUAUUUGUUAUUAUAAAA